AUGGCCACUACCAGCAUGGAUUACGAGACCGCCAAUGGCGACCGUUACGAUGAAGAGACUCCUCGCUACGAGCGCGAUAACCGCAGCGCCUCUCCUCGUCCCCUGCGCGACGAAGCCGAUGGCGGUCGUCGUCGCUCUGCCUCGCCAUCCGGCAAUGGUGAUCGUACCAUGAAGGACAACGAUACUGCUUCCAAGGGCGGUGAUGACGACGGUGCCAUCAACCCUGGCUCCAACCUCUUUGUCACCGGCAUCCACCCUCGCCUGUCCGAGUCGGAGGUCACGCGCCUCUUCGAGAAGUAUGGCGAGGUUGAGAAGUGUCAGAUCAUGCGUGACCCCCACACCAAGGAGUCCCGCGGCUUCGGCUUCGUCAAGAUGGUCACUUCCGACCAAGCUGAUGCUGCCAAGGAGGGUCUCCAGGGAGAACAGAUUGACGGCCGUACCCUCAGCAUCGAAAAGGCUCGCCGUGCCCGUCCUCGCACCCCGACCCCCGGCAAGUACUUCGGCCCCCCCAAGCGUGAGGGCGGAGGUGGUGGCCGUGGUGGCCGCAUGAACGACCGCUACGACGAUCGUCGCCGCGGUGGUUACGGCGGUGGCGGCGGCGGCUACUAUGGACGCGACGACCCCUACCGCUACCGCGGCGGCGGUGGUGGCGGCUAUGAGCGUCGCUACGAGGAUCGCGGAGGAUACCGCGAGGACCGCGGCUACGAUCGCACUUACCGUGACGACCGUGGCGGCAGCUACGACCGUCGCGAGCGUGACGAUGGCUACAGCGGCGGUGGCCGCGUCGAUCGCUACGGCAGUGGUGGCGGCCGCGAGGGUGGAGGUCGCGAGGGUGGAGGCCGCGAGGGCGGUGACCGCUAUCGCGAUGACCGCCGUGGCCCUGGCUAUGACCGCGAAAGGGGCUACGAUCGCGCAGCUGAGCGUGACGCUCCGCGCACCCGUGAUGCUCCUGCUGCCGCUGCCACCUACGGUGACUCUGCUGGUGGUCGUUCCGAGGCACGGGAGCCCUACGGUGGAGGUUCGGAUUACUACUGA